CGGCAAGGGCCGGGGUAGAGGGUCCCUCGGGGCUGGGGGCGGCGGAGUGGCCGGGACCGCCCGGGGCUCGGGCCCAGGCCCAGGGUGAGGUGGAGGUGGCCUGGCCAGCCCCAGCCUGCCAGUUGGUGUAAAAUGAGGACCUACUGAAAUACAAUAAAGAUGGAGAAACCAGGAAGACUUCUGUGAAGUGAUACAAAGGAAAGCAGGCAGAACAAUAAACAUAACAACCAGGAGGGUAUAAAUAAAAAUAAAGAAUAAGACAAUCAAAACUGAGUACCCUGAAAUAAUGACAAAAUUUGGCCCCAAAAGAAAAGAUAAUGAAAAUGCACCUCUCUUUCUUCUUUGAAGAAAUAGGGGCCAUGGGUAUGGAACAUUGCAUAGUACAUCAAACUUGGAUGAACUGUUGGUUAGUUUUGCUGCCAACUUUUUUUCUCUUUUAUUUGUUUAGUGGACUAUUCUCCAGGAAGAGGGGAGAGAAAAAAAAAUAUGCUGAGAAGUGUAGAUUAUGUAAAAACAAAACGUUAUGAAUAAAAAUCUUUUUCCUCAAAAUUUUUGACUUUUUUUUUUUCAUUUAAAGGUGAAAACAAUUUUUUAUAAUUGUUUUCUGACAUUUUAUGGUUUAGAUUUUCUCCUCCCUCUCUCUCCCUCUCCAUCUCCCCAAGCCGGAAAAUAAUCUGUUUUAGGUUAUACCAGUGCUUUCUUGUGAUACAUAUCCAUAUUCUCCAUACCGUGACAGAAGACAUAUAUCACAUAAACAAAAAGAAACUCCUGAAAGAAAUAAAGUGAAAGAUGGCAUGCUUUGAUUUGCAGUUAAAUUCCAACAGUUCCUUCUCUGGUUUUGGAUAGCAUUUUUUUUUUAUCAUGAGUCUUUUGAAGUUGUCUUGGGACCUUGUUUUGCUGAUAAUAGUUUAAUCCUUCACAGUUCAUCCUAUAAUAUUCCUGUUAUUGUGUAUAGUUCUCUCCUGGUUCUGCUCACUUUGCAUCAGUUCAUAUAAGUCUUUGCAAGUUUUUCUGAACUCAUAGUACUAUUCCAGUACAACCGUGUACCACAACUUAUUCAUCCAUUCCACAAUUGAUGGACACCUCAAUAAAAAUCUUUUUAAAAAAAUAUAGGGGCCAUCUAGGUGACACAGUAGAUUGAUAGAGUCGUACUAGGCCUGAGUUCAAACCUGGCCUCAGAUACUUCUUAGCUGUGUGACCCUGGGCAAGUUGCUUAACCCCAGUUGCCUGCCCUUCCCUUCCUGUUUUUACUAAGACAGAAAGUAAGUGUUAAAAAAAAAAAGUAACAGGAUUAGAACAGCCUUGCUUAUAAAAUAUCCCUUUCUUAUCCCUUAUAAAAUAUCAGAUUUCUCCUUGACUUGCUACCAUGUUCAUUCUCAUCAGACUAAUUCAGGGAUAUAUUUGGAUUUUUCUUCAUUAAUUGCUAAAAUGCCAUAUCUCAUUAAAUUAUUCAGUGUUAAGUUCAGAGUCUCCACUGCAUUUUAUUAACUGGGGAAGGAAACCUCUUUCACCCAUACCAAUUGCCCAUAUCUCUUUGUAUACAAAGGCCCCCAGUCUCUUAGAAUUAAAACAUAAAGCUAUUAGCUAUGUAACUUAUAAUAACACAAAGACCUAAUUAUGAUUAUUUAACUGAUAAAGAUCACAAACAAUGUCAUUGCAACUAUAGCUUAGACCCACUAUUCUGUAUACUCAACAUAGGAUGUAAUAUGCUUUCUCAAGAGUUUGUUUCAUCUUUUCAAAAAUAAGUUAAAAAAAUUCCAUCAGGAGACAUUUUCAUCUUCCUUACCUCAAGGUUUUACCAAGCCAUCAUUAAAAACUUUUUUUUCAGGUAAUAUGCAUUUUUUCCCCUCUCCUUACACGCCUCUUCCCCCUUUUUGGGAAAAGGAAAGAAAAUCAAAACAUUUGUAACAAAUAUACAUAGUCAAGCAAAGUAAAUUGCUUUGUUGGCCACAUCUAAAAAUGUAUGUCAUCUUGAGUUCAUCACCUCUCUUAAGAGGUAAAUAAUAUGCUUUAUAGUCAUUGCAUUGAUCAGUCAUUUUGUCUUACACUGUUGUCACUACAUAAAUUAUUUUCCUGGUUUUCUUAAUUUUACUCCAUCAGUUUGUACAAAGUACAAGUUUAUUUUCUCUGAAACCAUUUUUGUCAUAUCUUUUGACUCCACAAUUUUAUUCUGUUUCACAUCACUGUCAUUUAUGACUGAUUAAAACAAAAUGGAUUCAUAUUUUCUGUACCAUGAUUCAUCUUCCCUUAAUCUUUCGUCUAACAUUAAAAAAUAAAAUUACUUUCUAUCUUAGAAUCAAUACUAUGUAUUUGUUCCAAAGCAGAAGAUUGGUUAGGGCAAGGCAAUGGGGAUUAAAUGACUUCCCUAGGGUUACACAGCUAGUAGGUAUCCAAGGGCAGAUCUGAACCCAGGACCUCUCAUCUCUAAGGCCUGGAUCUCAAUCCAUUGAGCAGACUAGCUGUCCCCUACCCCCAACAUUUAAAAAAUAUAUUCUUUGUGUAAUGAGCUCUGAUUUUUUUUUCUCUGUACAAAUAUCUUGUUUUUUCAUUGGUAGAAGGUAAGUUUUGUGAGGGCAGGAGCUACUUUGUUUUUGUCUUUCUGUUCCUGUCAUAAAGUACUGUUCCCAUUGUAGAAUAGAUUCUUAAUAAAUAUUGGUUGAGUUCAUAGUUCAUAGGAUUGUAGAGCUAGAACGACUAGACCGUAAGUCAUCUAAUUCAGCCCAUUUUCCUUGGAGAUAGAGAAGGCAGAGAGAACUUAAGUGAUUUGAACAUGGUUCAAAGUCAUCAAAAGACAGAAUGAAGAAUAGACUAUGUUUUCCUACCAUCCUGUUGCUUUUCAUAGAGAUUGUAUCAUUAUGAAGGGAAGAAAAGUAGCAUGGUUAGGUACGUUAGAAAUAACUGCUAUGGGGCAGGUGGGCGGCUCACCAGAUAGAGAACCAGGCCUGAAGAUGAGGGAUCUUGGGUUCAAAAUUUGGCAUCAUAUACUCCUAGCUGUGUGACCCUGUGCAAGCAACGUAACCCUCAUUGCUUAGCCCAUGCCAUUCUUCUGCCUUACAACUUGUAUUUAGUAUUCAUUCUAAGCCAGAAGGUAGGUUGUUUUUUAAAGAAAAAUAAAUAACUGCUUAGUAAUGGAGAAUGAUUGCUAUGUUGUAUAUACUAACGAGUUUCUAAAAUAUGACUGCUGAUAGACAUUCUGUGAGUCCCAAGAGAUGUGUUUAUUCUGUUGUAUGGUUUGAAAGUUGAAGAGUAAACAGCCUAUUGGCUUGAAUUCAUUCUGGAAGGUGAUGCCUGAAAAAAUGUGGCGAAGCUCCAUGCACACCACAGUUUUGUUAGGUAAUGAGGCACAUGCCAGGCCCUCAUGAUCGUCUUGGAACUCUAAAGUUCUGAGUGCUGUGAGAAGCCCUCCCAAAGCAGCCUGCAGACUUCAUUCUGUGUUUACAGUCCAUGUAAGAGCCACCCUUGGGUGAGCAGAAAUGUGUUUGAUGUUUCAGCAGCUAAUGACUUUCAAAGAUGUCACUGUGGACUUCACGCAGGAGGAGUGGGAUCACCUGGGCCCUGCUCAGAGGGACCUCUACAAGGAUGUGAUGCUGGAGAACUAUCAAAACUUUCUCUUUCUAGGGUUUCCAAUUUCCAAACCAGAGGUGAUCUCCCAGCUAGAAGUAGAUGAAGCAAGAUGGUUGAUGUUGGUGAAAGAAAUUCCAAGAAACUUCUCUCCAGAUCCUCUUUGUCAGGAGAGUACAUUUGAAACCAAGAACUCAACCCUAGAGGAGAGUGAUUUUAUGGGAGAAUCAUCCAUGAGAAGAUUUCCAGUAAAUACUAAUGAAUGUGGUGAAACCUUCAGGCAGAUGGAACACCUUAUUAUACAUCAGAGAACUCAGACUGGAGAGAAAUCAUAUCAAUGUAAUGAAUGUGAAAAAGCCUUCAGCUGUAACUCAGGCCUUAGUGUACAUCAGAGAAAUCCAACUGGAGAGAAAUCCUAUCAGUGUAACCAAUGUGGGAAAACCUUCAAUUAUAACUCAUACCUUACUGUACAUGAAAGAAUUCAUACUGGAUUAAAACCAUAUAAAUGUACUGAAUGUGGAAAAGCAUUCAGAGAGAGAAGAUACCUUACAAUACAUCUUAAAAUUCAUACUGGAGAGAAAUCCUAUAAAUGUAAUCAAUGUGGGAAAGCCUUCAGCCAGAGGGGAAGCCUUAAUUUACAUCAGAAAAUUCAUACUGGAGAAAAAUCCUAUAAAUGCAUUGAAUGUGGGAAAGCUUUUAUCUCUUAUUCAGUCCUUACUAUACACCAGAGAGUUCAUACUGGAGAAAAACCAUAUAAAUGUAAUAAUUGUGAGAAAGCCUUUAGACAGAGAGGACACCUUACUGAUCAUCAGAAAAUGCAUACUGGAGAGAAAUCCUAUAAAUGCAAUGAAUGUGGGAAAGCCUUCAGAGAUAGGGGAUACCUUAUGAUACAUCAGAAAAUCCACACUGGAGAGAAAUCCUAUUUAUGUAAUGAAUGUGGUAAAGCCUUCAGAGAGAGAGGACAUCUUACUAUACAUCAGAAAAUUCAUACUGGAGAGAAAUCCUAUAAAUGUAAUGAAUGUGGGAAAGCCUUCAGGCAGAAAGGGAACCUUGCCGUACAUCAGAAAAUUCAUACUGGAGAAAAACCAUUUAAAUGUAAUAUAUGUGGGAAAGCCUUCAGGGAUAAGGGAUAUCUUGUUGUACAUCAGAGAAUUCAUACUGGAGAAAAACCAUUUAAAUGUAAUGUGUGUGAAAAAGCUUUCACAGAUAAAGGAUACCUUACUAUACACCUGAAAAUUCAUACCGGAGAGAAAUCCUACAAAUGUAAUGUAUGUGGGAAAGCCUUCAGAGAUAAGGGAUACCUUGCUGUACAUCACAGAAUUCACACUGGAGAAAAACCAUUUAUAUGUAAUAUAUGUGGGAAAGCCUUCACAGACAAGGGUUACCUUACAAUACACAUGAAAGUUCACACUGGAGAGAAGUCUUAUAAAUGUAAUGAAUGUGGCAAAUCAUUUAGCUCUAACUCUGGCCUUACUAUGCAUCAUAGAAUUCAUACUGGAGAGAAACCAUAUAUAUGUAAUGAAUGUGGAAAAGCCUUUAGACAGAGAGGAACCCUUAAUGAUCAUCAGAGAGUUCAUACUGGAGAGAAGUCCUAUAAAUGUAAUGAAUGUGGUAAAGCCUUCAAAGAAAAGAGAUAUCUUACUAUACAUCACAGGAUCCAUACUGGAGAGAAGUCUUAUAAGUGUUGUGAGUGUGGGAAAGCAUUUAGGCAAAAAGGAAAUCUUGCUGUACAUCAGAGAAUUCAUAUUGGAAAAGAAUCUUUUUAAUUCAGAGAAUAUGAAAAAGAUUUAGAUGCAAGACAUCCUAUGUAUAGAGAGAACCUCAUUCGGGCAGUUUACACUGUGUAGAAAAUCUUUCACUUAGAAAGGAAAAGUUAUCAAACGCUAAAUCAUGGAAUUAUUGGAUGUGACAUUCGAAACCUAGACUCUAAAAUUUGACAGAUGGCAGAGCUGAUGGAUAGGAAGUCAACACACUGAAAGUGAGUAGCAGACUUCAGAGUAGAACUGAUGUCUUAGCUAAAUACAGGUUGUAGUUUCCCGUGUUAUUCCAUGAUACCUCUAUAAUUCAUAACCUAUACGUUCAGAGAAUAUGAGCAAGUCUUUAUCAGUCUGUCAUAUUAUAUAGAAGUGGCAUUCAUUACUUUAGGAAUUUCAGAAUAGGAAAGGACUUAAGAAGCUAUUUAGUCCAACCUGUAUAUGAAAGCAGUCUCAUCAUACCAUAUUCAACAAGGGAUCACCUAGCCUUUGCCUGAAAAUGUUCAGUGAGGGGUAAGACACUGCCUCCCAAGGCAGCUCACUCUUCAUCAGAAUAGCUUGAGCGUGAGAAGGAUACGAAUGUGUGUGUAGAUAGAUAUUUUGAAAUGAAUGUGAUGUAAAAUAAAUGGCAUCUCUUGUAUUUAGGGAGAAACUGCUGAUCUGUGCUGGUAAAGGGAGUUUUCUCACUGGGAAUUCCCUACAUCAAUGAAAUCGAUCUGUUCCCAAAAAACCCUAAAAACACUUCUGUACAUCAAAUAACAUGUAAGUGCUUUGCAAACGAUAAAGUGCUACAUAACUGCUGGCUAUCA